AUGAGCCGGCUGUGCACCGCCAGGCCGGGGCUGCUCCUGUGCGCAGUCGUGUGCGUCUCCGCCCUCCUUUACUUCAGGCAGCCAGCUCGGGAGGGGCCCGGAGCGGAGCCCCCCUCCCCAGCGGUCGUGGAGUGUGGCUUUUAUCCAGAUGAGUUGUGUUCAGCUUUAUUUGAAGGCAGAGGGGCAGCCUCACAAGUUGCAAAAUUUUGUAGAAACCCCCUUGGAUCGGAAAUACUUGAGCGCUUGUAUGCACCGGGAAACUGCUCCCAGAUUUCCCAGGGGCUGCGCUUCAUCUCCAGACCCCUGUCUGCAGAGGAGGGCAAUUUCUCUCUGGCAUACAUCGUAACUGUUCACGAGGAGCUGGCCAUGUUUGUACAGCUUCUCAGAGCUAUUUACGUUCCUCAAAAUGUUUACUGUAUUCACAUUGAUGAAAGGGCCCCGAAGAAGUGUAAGUCUGCCGUGCAAACCCUGGUUAGCUGUUUUGAAAAUGUUUUCAUUGCAUCAGAAAGAGAAAAGGGGGCUCAUCCCGGCUUUGUAAGACUACAGGCGGACCUGAGCUGCAUGGAAGACCUAAUCCGUUCCCAAUUUCAAUGGAGCUACGUCAUUAAUCUUUGUGAACAGGAUUUCCCCAUCAAAACCAACAAAGAAAUCAUACACUACAUCAGAAGUAAAUGGAACGGUAGAAACAUCACUCCUGGAGCAAUCCAAACAGCAAAGCCUGAGCCCACAACAAGCCCAAGUCGGCCCGAAUCCGCCCCAGAAGGAAGCGUCCGCGCAUCUCCAAACCAACGGUUCCAAGAGGAACCACCCUAUAACUUAACGAUCUACUUUGGAAGUGCUUACUAUGUACUAACGAGGGCGUUUGUCCAGUUUGUACUGACCGACACCCGUGCGAAAGACAUGCUCCGCUGGUCCAAAGCCCUCCAGAGCCCCGAGUGCCACUACUGGGUGACGCUGAACCAUGUGGAAGAUGCCCCGGGCGCCACACCAAAUGCUGGCUGGGAGGGCAACGACGUUCGAGCCACGAAAUGGAGGGGCAAGGAGGGAGACGCUCACGACGGAUGUGCAGGCCGCUCCGACCGGGACAGCUGCGUCUACGGCCCAGCAGACCUGCCGCGGCUCGUGCGGUCGCCUUCUCUGUUUGCCAGCAAAUUCGAGUCCUCGGCAGAGCCUCUGGUGCUGGCGUGCCUGGAGAGGUGGCACAGGCGGCGAGUCCUGCAGCAGGCAGAGGUUCCCGUGGAGCCGCACUGGCAUUUCCCACGGCAGACCCACUUCCGUGUGCACUGA